AUGGAGAAUCAAUGCAUCUAUGGAUGCGCCCAUGGCAUUAUUGGGCUUGACUUCGGUUCAACGUAUUCGGCCGCUGCUAUACUCCUACCAUCAGUCGAUGGCUAUCGUGCCAACGAAAUGAGGUUUGUUGGCAAGUUUCCAACAAGUUUGCAUGUCUUCCAAGCCGACGACGAUUUCGAGCUUCAGUUCGACCCAGUCGACAGCAUCAUACUCACCAAAGACAGACUAUGCUAUCUGAAGGCUCUACUAAUAAAUCAAACCCAGCCGAGAAGCGGUGAUAAUCGGAUGGUAAACUCCAUCCUCAACUCAUGGAAUGGCAUGGACUUGCCUGAUGAAGAUAUCGUGGUCGCGAAAUUUCUGAAAGGUCUCUUUGAGAAGGCAUUGGAGACAGCCAGAAGUCUAGACGCCUGGCACGAUGGGCUGCGUCCUGCCGUCACGAUUACAUACCCAAUGUCCUGGUCUCCCGAAGAGCUCAGUGUGUUCCAGUCUGCUGUAGCAAUCGCAGGAAUUCCCAAUCAUGCCUGUCGUACAUGUCAUGUUCGUUAUAUCACUGAACACAGAGCAGUGGUUACCACAAUGCAGCAUCAGCACUACCGCGCUCUAGCGGAGCUGAACGGCGAUUCUAUGAUUGUCGCUGACUUUGGUGGCAUGACAGAUGAUGCCGCCGUCGUACCCUAUCCUGACUCUAUACCACUCCGAUACCCCGAACAGGAGGAAUUGGAGUUACUUGACCGCCGCAUGCUGCACAACUCUAGUUACACUGGCUCGAUGUCAGCCGAUGCGGAGUUCCGUGCCCUACUUCUUCAGAAGUGGCGCGCAAUCGCAGGCGAUCAGGAGGAGGUACCUAGCCUUGAUGAUGCAAAUGAGGCAUGGGAGAGAGAGACUAAGAAGACAUUCACGGGUCUCAACCCUGGCUAUGAACAGGCCAGUUUCUCGGUCGGUCAAACAAGAGUGCUGAUGAGAGUGGGAACCCUAAAACAGAUCUUUGACAAGUCCGCCGAAGCGAAGUCAAGCCUCAUUGAGGCCCUCUUCCAACAAGCGGCUAAUCUGCAGCACAACGUUAAGUGCAUCGUUCUGACGGGCGGAUUUUCUCUCAAUCUCCGACUAGAAGCGCAGGUCAAGAAGAAACUGCGAGAGCGGUUGCAGGGAGAUUGUCCUGUAUUCCUCGAAACCUUUGAUAGACGGUUGGCGGUGUGUACUGGCGCCGUCCUGUGGAGGCUGCCUAAUCUUCUUCGCCGACUCAUCGAUUCCCAGGAUGCGUGA